CGAGGGAGCCCUGCGAGUUCUCGGUGGCUCCGCCUCACACACUGACACACACAUGCAUUCACACUGGGACAUUAGCACACAACUUCCCACAUGGAUGAUCAGACUCACUGUGCCAGAGGCUAGGAGAAGGAGCCGGGGGACAUGUUGCAGCUCAGCUCUCUGCUGCUAUUUUAACACAGCCAGACUUCCAGCCAGUGAAACUCCUGGACACCUCCAGCCUACAGCAGUACACAAUUGCACAUCUAAAACCCUGGCUCAGCACAGUGACUGAAAAAGAAGUCAGGAUCUUUUAACAGCAGAAAAUACUUGGAUAUGGACCCCCCUUCCCCUGUGGAAGGAUGGGGCUCAGCUUGAACGACUGCUGCAUAGACUCGGCUAAGCCCCAUUAAAAGAUACUGAGCCCAAUUUCCAAGAUACAAAACCAGAACUGGUAGAAAAAAUUAUGGAGAAGAGCGCUGCUGCAUCAGUCAGGCGCGAUGUUGCCCUGCCCCCGACGGGACAGGAGAUCCAGGAGAGGGGCCAGUGGGAAAGCAAGCUGGAGUUCCUGCUGGCUGUUGCUGGACAGAUUGUUGGUUUGGGCAACGUGUGGAGGUUCCCCUACCUGUGCUACAAAAAUGGAGGAGGUGUCUUCCUCAUCCCCUAUGUCCUGUUCCUGUUUACCUGUGGGAUCCCCCUGUUCCUGCUGGAGACGUCUCUGGGGCAGUACACCAGCCAGGGGGGCAUCACUGGCUGGAGGAAGAUCUGCCCCCUGUUUGAAGGACUGGGCUAUGGGGGUCAGUUGAUUGUCCUCUAUUCCACCAUCUAUUACAUCAUCAUCCUGGCCUGGGCCUUCUUCUACCUGUUCUCCUCCUUCAGUGCCGAGCUGCCCUGGGCCAGCUGCAGAAACACCUGGAACACAGACACCUGCAUGGAUUUUGAUAAGCAGAACCAGACAGCUAACUGGACGGCCCUGGAUAAUGCCACCUCACCUGUGAAGGAGUUCUGGGAGAGGAGGGUGCUGACUAUCUCCGGUGGGAUUGAUGAGGUGGGCAGUCUGCGCUGGGAGCUGGCGCUGUGCCUCCUGCUGUCCUGGGUCAUCUGUUACUUCUGUGUGUGGAAGGGUGUGCGGUCCACAGGGAAGGUGGUGUACUUCACAGCCACUUUCCCCUAUGUGAUGCUGGUGGUGCUGCUGGCCCGAGGACUCACCCUGCCUGGAGCCAUUGGAGGCAUCAUCUUCUACCUCUACCCUGACCCAGCCCGGCUCGCCGACCCACAGGUGUGGAUGGACGCAGGGACUCAGAUCUUCUACUCCUACGCCCUGUGUCUGGGUUGUCUGAUGGCUCUGGGCAGCUAUAACAAGUACAACAACAACUGCUACAAGGACUGCGUCUACCUGUGCCUCCUGAACAGUGGUACCAGCUUUGUGGCUGGAUUUACCAUCUUCUCUGUGUUGGGCUUCAUGGCGUAUGAGCAGGGAGUGGACAUCUCGCUGGUGGCUGAGUCAGGUCCUGGUCUGGCGUUCAUUGUGUACCCGCGUGCGGUGGCCAUGAUGCCUCUACCCCAGCUCUGGGCCGCCUGCUUCUUCCUCAUGAUCAUCCUCCUGGGGCUGGACAGCCAGUUUGUCGGGCUGGAGUCCCUGGUCACAGCGAUCUCGGACCUGUACCCCUCAUUCUUCCACAGAGGGCAUCGCCGGAAGAUCCUGCUGCUGGGGAUCAGUGUGGUCAGCUUCUUCGCCGGGCUGCCCAUGGUCACAGAGGGAGGGAUGUAUGUCUUCCAGCUGUUCGAUUACUACGCCUGCAGCGGGAUGACAAUCCUACUUAUCGCCAUCCUGCAGUCUGUGUGUGUCGGCUGGGUGUACGGUGCUGACCGUCUCUAUGACAACAUUGAGGACAUGAUUGGCUAUCGGCCCAGGCCUCUGAUUAAGUACUGCUGGCUCUACAUCACCCCGGUCAUCUGCACAGGUACCUUCAUCUUCUCCCUGGUCAAGUACACGCCUCUGAAGUUCAAUAACACCUAUGAGUACCCCUGGUGGGGCUAUGCGGUUGGCUGGUACUUCACCCUCUCGUCCACUCUCAUGGUCCCCCUCUGGAUGGUUUAUAAAAUGCUUUUGACCCCAGGGACACUGAGACAGAGACUGGACCUUCUCUGCCAGCCCUCUGAAGACCUGCUCUUCUCCAGGAAGCAGCAGGAAGCCUUCUGCCCUCUGACUGCUGACCCCUCCAGGUGUGCUGGGAAGUGCAUUCCACAUGGUGACAGCAGGCCAACAGACUUCACCCAGGACUCUGGACCUCUGUAGAACCCCUGCCUAUGACUCUUUAUGUGCUGGAACACAACAGGGCUCAUCAAGGGUUUGCUGAGGCUGUAUGCUUUAAUUCACAAUUUUGAGGUGUGUGGUAACUGAGUUUUGACUAGUGCCAAAUGAUUCAGAUGAUGUUAUUUUUUCCAUCCCAGGAAGAGCCGAGGCUGCGGCCUUUAUUACGAAAAGUGUAUCUGGCACAGUGACUGUCAAACACUAAGACACAAUACAGCCAGGCUCACCAGUGGCCAUGGAAAGUUGAAAACAGUCCUGUCUAAAGAAAACAUCGCUGGCAUCAUUUACAGCCGAGAGCUUUCACUGCCCUUAUCUAUUUGAAAACUGUAACUCCAGAAUUACAGCUCAGUCAGGCUUAUGAGGAGAACGUAUUGAUCAGUAUUGAUCGCACCAAUCAGACAAGAUGGGACAGGGAGGAGCGGCCAUACUGAAGUGUCCCUGGGAGGCUGACACUAAGCUGAGCCUAUGUAGGCUGAGCCAGUGACAUCGCUGGACUCGAGCCUGGCAUGGAGGUGUUAAGUCACCUGAAAGUACCUCUGUGCCAAGACCUACAACACUAAAAGGUGCUUUACUAACCUAAAUUAAAGAGUUCUCUAGCCGAUGUGAAUGUUUGGGAGGGGAUGGGGAGGAGAGCUCACCUGUGUCUUUUCUUCACUUCACUGCUGGACUGACAGAUGGAUCAAUUCUACAGUGUACGAAACCUGCUCUUACCUCCAGCACCACCCUGAGUGCGAGUUACAGCUAGGGUUAAAUCAGGGGUGACAUCACUCUGGCCCUGGAGUUGCUCAAAAGGUCACAAGCAAGGCUGUAUUUUUAGACUGUCUGAAAGUGUAACCUUGACAUUAAAGUUGACAAAGAGAGGUAUUCAAAAACUCCCUUUGUGAAUUCAUCCUGCAUUGAACUAUACAGUACAGUAUAUUCAAUAUUUGAAUAUAUAAAUAAAGAAAAUCCUUAGAAUGAAGGCAAUAUAAAGACAUUCUGUAAAACAUUAUAUGAUUUACUGUAAUUUGAGUCAAAUUACUAAAUAAAUCAGAAACUUUGUCAUCUUGUACUGGAAAUCUGAAAAAAAUCUAGGAGCUUAUGAUGCUUGUUGGUUCACAGAUUGAGAGAGGUGAUCUUAAUUAAAGUUCUACACAAAUUAAAAUGCAGUAGUUGGGCUAUAACCACAACACUCUCCAGAUCCUGAA